ACUGUAGCUAAGAUGAGGAAGAAUACUGCUUCAACCAAGAGAACUCCUGUUAAGCCAAAGAGCCAUCAUCGUGGCAAGGGAAAGAGUCAAUCAUGGCUGAACUCUUGGAUUGCGAUUGCCCUCCUGAUGAUUUUGGCCGCAGUCGCUUCGAUGGCGUGGUUCAACCUCAACUCUAACCAGGAGAACAAACAAUCAAAAGCAACAGUCAAAAUCAGCAAGCCGAGUGUGGUCGGAGGUAUGCAGCUGGGCCUGCCUCUGCAGUCUGAGCACACACCAAGACAGGAGGCUGUAGUGAAGGCAUUCAACCAUGCAUGGAAGGCCUACAGGAAGUACGCCUGGGGCAAGGAUGAGUUGAAACCAGUGUCAAAGAGCUCCAACCAAUGGUUCAAACUCGGCCUAACUCUGAUUGACUCCCUCGACACCAUGUGGUUGAUGGGUCUAACCAAACAGUUCAAUGCUGCGAGGAGCUGGGUUGCUAAUGAGAUGGUGAUUGCUCAAGAUGUGGAUGUCAAUCUGUUUGAGACGACCAUCAGAGUUCUGGGUGGCCUCCUCAGUACGUACCACCUCACAGGAGAUAAGCUGUUCUUGGAUCGUGCAAUGGAGCUUGGUGAUCGACUUCUCCCUUGUUUCAACACCAAAUCUGCCGUACCAUUCUCAGACAUUAACCUGGCCACUGGGCGUGGUCACGCUCCAGAGUGGGGUCCGGACAGCUCCGUAUCCGAGGUUUCCACCAUACAGCUGGAGUUCAGAGACCUCACUAUGCUCACUGGAAACAGCAAGUAUCAGGCUGCUGUGGACAGGGUAAUGGAUAAGCUACAGUCACUACCAAAGAAGGACCACCUUGUGCCACUGUUUAUCAAUGCAGAGACGGGUCAGCUCCGCCCCGGGACUCUCUCUAUGGGAGCACGGGCAGACACUUACUACGAGUAUCUACUCAAACAGUGGGUACAAUCUGGGCGAACAGAGAAGAGGUUUCGUGACUGGUUUCUUCACUCUAUGAGGGGAGUAGAGAAACACUUACUGCAUCUCUCGGAACCGUCACACCUCACCUUCAUCGGGGAGGAGCUGGCCUCUGGAGAGUUUUAUGCCAAAAUGGAUCACCUGGUGUGCUAUUUACCGGGAACUCUGGUACUUGGCGUGCAGAAUGGGCUGUCCAAGCGAUUUACUAGUCUAGCGGAAAAACUAAUGUAUACCUGCUACAAGAUGUAUGAAACAAUGCCCACAGGACUAAGCCCUGAGAUUGCUCACUUCAAUAUCACAAAAACAUCUAAAGAAGAUAUCUACAUUAAGCCUCUUGACCGUCAUAAUCUGCUACGACCAGAGACAGUUGAAUCUCUGUUUUAUCUCUAUCGGUUCACAAAGGAUGAGAAGUAUCGAGACUGGGGCUGGAACAUCUUUCAGGCGUUUGAGCAGUACACAAAACUUGAAGAUGGUGGCUACACCUCCAUCAAUAAUGUCAUGGACACUGAGAAUGUUGGCUAUAGAGACAAAAUGGAGAGCUUCUUCCUGGGGGAAACUCUCAAGUAUUUGUUCCUAUUGUUCUCUGAUGAUCACUCUGUGAUAGACCUCAAUAGGUGGAUCAUAAACACCGAAGCUCAUCCCUUACCAAUAUGGUCAGACUAUUAUUAUGUCUAUGACAAUUCAACUAGAAAUUAGUAUAAAUUUUGUUUGCUAUGCGUACUACUACGAAAA